AUGUCUACGGGUAGAGCUGUUGAUAACAGCUCAAGCAUUCAAUCAGAACAUGGUGCUUGUAGAAAAGUAUUAUCUUCUACUAAAGUGUUUUUCAAACAACUGAUUGCACGUAGACCAAUGGACAAAUUACAAGCUGAAAUCGAUACACGAAAUGAAUUGAGACGUGAUCUAAGUUGGAUUCAAUUACUUGCUAUAGGUCUUGGUGCUAUUAUUGGUGCCGGGAUAUUUGUAUUAAGUGGACAAGCUGCUGCCAAAUAUUCUGGUCCAUCAGUCAUCAUUUCAUUUGUUAUAACAGGGGUUAUUGCAUUGUUGGCAUCUUUAUCAUAUUCAGAAUUAGCAGCAAUGAUGCCUAGUUCUGGAUCAGUUUACACAUAUACUUAUGCAGCUUUGGGAGAAUAUUUGGCAUGGUUUAUUGGAUGGAAUUCUGCACUACUUUAUCUAUUCGGUGUUUUCACAGUGUCAGUUUCUUGGAGCAAGCAUGUCGUUUUAUUUGUUGAUCUUGUGUCUGAUUAUAAUGCAACAAGCAUGAUUGUUCAAGCACCAGUAGCUUGGGACGAAGACGCCGAACGUUUUCAUGUCACCGGACAAGCAAUUAAUUUACCUGCUAUUGCAAUUACUAUUGCAAUUACAAUUCUUCUUAUGAUUCGAACUCGUCAAAUGGCUAUAGUCAAUCUCGUAUUGGUUGUAUUUAAAAUUAUUAUACUUUUAAUAUUUAUUUUCGCCUGUUGUAAUUAUGUCGAUCGCAAAAAUUAUAAGUUAUUUUUUCCACCCAAUGAAGGUAUAUGGCUGCGUUAA